AUGCCUCCCGCGGCCCAGCUUCCCGUCACCAUGUUGGCCCUGGCGUCAACAAGGCCGGUCGCGAGAAAUCCGUCGGCCGCCAUGCAGCACGUCGGCAGGCUGAUGGCUGCCAACGCCAUGCGCACCUACGCCACGCCCGCCGGUCCCCCUCCUGCCAACUUUCGCAUGAAGAGACAUCAGACCUGGGACGAGGACCAGGAGUCCACAAUGAACAAGCUUGGUCGUUAUUUCCUGCUCUCCGAGAUGGCGAGAGGAAUGUACGUCCUGCUCGAGCAGUUCUUCCGCCCGCCCUACACCAUCUACUACCCCUUUGAGAAGGGUCCCAUCUCCCCCCGCUUCCGUGGCGAGCACGCCCUCCGCCGCUACCCUUCCGGUGAGGAGCGCUGUAUCGCCUGCAAGCUUUGCGAGGCCAUCUGCCCGGCCCAGGCCAUCACCAUCGAGGCCGAAGAGCGCGCCGACGGCUCCCGCCGUACCACAAAGUACGAUAUCGACAUGACCAAGUGCAUCUACUGCGGUUUCUGCCAAGAGUCAUGCCCCGUCGACGCCAUCGUCGAGUCCCCCAACGCCGAGUACGCCACCGAGACCCGCGAGGAGUUGCUGUACAACAAGGAGAAGCUGCUGUCCAACGGUGAUAAGUGGGAGCCGGAGUUGGCUGCCGUUAUCCGCGCCGAUGCUCCCUACAGAUAA